GCGCCUUGGUCCUAUUUAAGCCUUACUCAAGACCCAAAAGCUGUUGAAACAGACCCUUAACUCUGGCAUUUAGUUUCCUUGUUUUUUUUCCCUCUGUUUCUAUUUAAUCUUUGAUGGUGAUUUAUCAUUUCGUUACUUACUAGUUUUGGUGUUCUGGCUACUUGGUUCAGUAAAAUUUUUGCAGAUUUAAUGGGAAAAGUUGUGUUUCUGCAUUUACUUUGUCGAGUUGUGGCUCUUUUGGCUGUUUCUCUGGUCAAUGCAGAUGACCCAUAUAGGUUUUACACUUGGACUGUGACUUAUGGGACUAUUUCUCCUCUUGGUGAAGCUCAACAGGUUAUCCUUAUCAAUGGGCAAUUCCCUGGUCCUCAACUCAACGUGGUCACUAAUGACAACAUCAUCCUCAACCUGGUCAACAAGCUGGACCAACCUUUCCUCUUGACUUGGAAUGGUAUCAAACAGAGGAAGAACUCUUGGCAAGAUGGAGUGCUGGGAACCAACUGCCCCAUCCCUCCAAACUCGAACUACACUUACAGGUUCCAGACCAAGGAUCAGAUUGGGACCUUCACAUACUUUCCAUCAACACUAUUUCACAAAGCUGCUGGAGGUUAUGGCGCAAUCAAUGUGUACGAGAGACCUAGAAUUCCAAUCCCUUUUGCGACCCCUGAUGGAGAUUUCACUCUGCUUAUUGGUGAUUGGUACAAGGCCAAUCACAAGAUGUUACAGGCAUCUUUAGACUCAGGAAAAUCUCUUCCCUUUCCAGAUGGAGUUCUUAUAAAUGGCCAGACUCAUACUACAUUCAGCAGUGAUCAAGGUAAAACCUAUAUGUUCAGGAUCUCGAAUGUGGGCUUGUCAACUUCCUUAAACUUCAGGAUUCAGGGUCACAUGAUGAAGCUGGUUGAGGUUGAAGGAUCUCACACCAUCCAGAAUUUAUAUGACUCUCUUGAUGUGCAUGUUGGUCAAUCUGUGGCUAUCUUGGUAACUUUAAAUCAACCGCCAAAGGAUUACUACAUUGUUGCAUCCACUCGUUUUACUAAGCAGGUUCUCACAACUACUUCAGUGUUACGCUACACAAACUCUAAGACCCCAGCCUCUGGAUCCCUGCCUGCUCCUCCUACUGGCCAAUUUGAUUGGUCUAUGAGGCAAGCCAGAACUUACAGGUGGAAUCUGACUGCCAGUGCAGCCAGGCCCAAUCCCCAAUGUUCAUUUCACUAUGGAAAGAUAACUCCAACAAAGACAAUUGUAUUGGCCAAUUCAGCACCUUUAAUAAAUGGAAAGAUGCGUUAUGCAGUUAACAGAGUCUCCUACGUUAAUCCUGAUACCCCAUUGAAGCUUGCUGAUUACUUCAAUAUCCCAGGAGUCUACAGCAUGGAUUCCAUCCAAAGCCUUCCUUCUGGUGGUCCUGCAUAUGUAGCUACCUCUGUUAUACCAACAUCACUCCAUGAUUUUGUGGAAAUUGUUUUCCAGAAUAAUGAAAACACCAUGCAAUCAUGGCAUCUUGAUGGUUAUGACUAUUGGGUCGUUGGUUAUGGAAAAGGCCAGUGGACACCAGCCGAACGAGGCACAUACAAUCUAGUUGAUACUCUCACCAGACAUACUGCUCAGGUAUAUCCAAACUCGUGGACUGCUAUACUGAUCUCCUUGGACAACCAGGGUAUGUGGAACCUGAGGUCUGCAAUUUGGGAGAGGAAUUAUCUUGGGCAGCAGCUAUAUCUCAGGGUAUGGACUCCAGUCCACAGCCUUGCUAAUGAAUAUGACAUUCCUAACAAUGCUCUACUCUGCGGGAAAGCUGCUGGACGCCACCCUUAGUAUGAUAAACUAAAUGGUAAUCUGUUUUCUCAGUCAUGAGGGGUUGACUGGAAAGAGGAAACCGAACAGAUAUAGACAAGAGAAAGGCAUAUUUAAACGAUUGAUGAAAUUUUUAUUGUAUAUCUCAAAGAAAUUUUAGAUUUUGGUUGCCAUGCUUUUAUGAUCAUCAUCAGCUUUCAAUGUUCUGAAUCUCUUCUUGUUACCUAGGUUUGCAUUUGUUAAAAAUUGAAAACCAUAUUGAGGAUAGGAAUACAAGUUGGUGUUUAAUAAUAAUAUUAUUAUUAUUACUAUUUA